AUGGACCUUACUACAGCUAGAAGGUUACUCCUAGACACGUUCGAGAACAGAUUUUCAGAACCUUUGCGGAAGCAUUUCUUGGCCAUUGCAAAGAAGAGAUUGAGAGGCAUUGUUAGUCAGGCUAGGCACGGCCCUAAAAGGCCAUAUUGGAUUAGACCAAAACUUUGGAAAAUGAUGAAUCGGUUUUGGAAGACUCCUGAGGCCCAAGAGAAGAGGGCUACUGCUUCACAGUGCCGCAACUCGGAUCGUGGAGGGCUAAGCAUCGCGAAGCACGUAUCCGGUCAGAAAAUCGUACUUGAGAGUGCAACAAAAAAUGCUCAACAAGUUCAUGAGGCUUAUGGGAAGCAACUGAAUGAAGCUAUGUCGGAGGAAGAUCUUCAAGGGCCUGGGAUUUCAAGGAAUUCUUCUCAACGCUCUACUCAACGGACAUUAACCAUCAAGGAAAAGAAUGAGAUAUUCCGCAAGUGUACACAGACUGAUCCGAAAGGAAUCAUCUUUGGAAUUGGGGAACUACCUCUGAUGGUUGACAGCGGAAAGGGGAAAGAAAGCUUUGCAAGCUCCACUGUGCCGAAAAUUUCACAGAUCCAAGACCAACUACAAGAAGCUCAGCAAUACAUGGAUAAACAAGAUGAGAAGGAGAACAGUCCCACCGAGGCACAAGGAACCACAGGAGACAAGGAACCAGGCAGCACACCACUCGACGCACCAGCCACCGCUUAA